CGCUCCAUGCUGUCUCUGACAACCCAAGCAGGAGGAGCCACUGCAGGAACUAACUCCACUUUCCAGCUACCACCACCACGAUUCAGCAACUCCAGUUUCCAGUCACCCGUUGGCCUUGAGGUCUCUACACCGGUUCUAGGAGCAGAUCCACUACCAGGCGUAAACAGAAGCCCAUCCGUGCCUUCUGGCAUCAAUCCAGGGGUUGCUGCGCUUGGAGGUGUCCUUGUAUUGGGAGCGUCAAAAUUUUUGGGAACCAACAAACCAAAGAAGACCGACAAACCCAGUGCAUCCGAGAAGAAGCGAAAGCGUCCCAAGCAGGUCCAUUUUCAAGAUUUGGACACUGCUACAUCUCCUAACAAACGCAAAAAACCAGAUCAAAAGGAUGGACCUGGCACGGCUAUGGAAGAAGGAUCUUUGUUGGAUCAAGUGCAAGAUAAGAUGGCGUCCAAGCCAUCAGCCAGUACUGGUACUCCAUCAUCAGCCCGUGCUCCAUCUGCAUAUGUCUUGAGCAGUCGCCGUCAAGGUACCAAGAGAUCCAAGGAAAGCAUCAGUCUCAGCAUGGCUUCCCCAGCGUCGUCAAUCUCCAAGGCCAGUGAUUGUGGAAAAUUUGUCAAGGGUCGAAAAUUUGUCAAGGCCAAACGUCCUGUGCGUGAAAAUAAUGCAGCAGCAGCAGUGGCAUCUAAUGAUCGAGAUGGUGAUGCGGGUUCCAAUAAUCAAGAUUCGGAUGCAGCAGGGGCAUCCAGCAAUAAUCAAGAUGGUUCUGGUCAAGAUGGUUCUGGUGCAGCAGCGGCCGCGCCCAAGAGUAGAGAAGAUGGUUCUGGUUUGGCGGUGGCGGUGGCGGCCAAGACGGGAAAGAGUACUGGAGAAGAUGAUGAUGAUGCUCCGAUGUGUGAGCUUGAGGAGGUUCGGGAAGAUGGCGUGAAACAGCAGGAUUCUGUGGACUCGCUUGCCCUUUCCAAGUCACUUUCGCCAAAGUCCCCUGACAUGUAUAUGUCUGACUCCUCCAACGAGAAUGAGUCCAAGAAGGAUUCAUUGCAAUCGCAAGAUGAUUCUGGAAGCAGUAGUCUGUUUGGUGAGUCAUAUGUCAGUUCCCCACCAGCAGGCGAGAAGCUGGGAGAACCUAUAUGCUUUGAUGUUUCUCCACCUGCCACAGUACCCGAUGCAAGACUCUCGGCGGCAUUUCGUGGAGUUGAGGCCGAAUGGCAGAAGGAAGAUUCCCGGCAUCCUGGAGACAAGUCGAAGAGUGGUGAUGAAGAGGACGAGUCAAGCCCAAAAGAAGACUCGGAGUGCACCCGAAAGCAUUUCCGCGAGAUUGAUGAAGAUGACAAUCCCACAAGCAAGAGUCGUCGCCUCGAAUUGCAAGAGCAAUUGGAAGAUGCACAAUUUCCUGCAGAGCUUUCACGAGGUCGUCGAUCCUCAGCUAGCACACACGUUGCAAGUCUAGAGAGCAUCUUGGAGGACAUUUCGAUCAAUCCGGGCGACAAAACUAUGCCACCAGAAGAAUUCCAACGUUUGAAGGACCAACUGGAUCAAGAUGCUAAAGAAGAUGGCGAGAAGGCCUGCAAUCCCGAUGAAUCAGCUUUCUCAGCUUUCUCACCGGAGACAUUGCGACGUGUGAUUUUGGAGGAUGCCAAGGAUUUGGAUCAGGAACCAGCGAAGGAAUCAGCCGAGAAGACCGACAAGUGCCCCUGCGGUGCAAAGGACCUUUGCAUUUGUGAUUUGAAUACACCCACCAAAGGAAUCUCAGGUGCCACAACUUCCGACAACACCAAAGGAAUCUCAGGUGCCACAACUUCCGACAGUCCUGAGAAGAUGGCCUCAAAGGCGGAUGAAGAUCAGGACCCUCUGGCCUCCGAGAAGCACAAUCUUGAGAAGACAUCCAAGGGCGAUGGUUUGGAUAAGGAACUGGCAAAGGAAUCCGGCGAUGACGAGUCCAAAAAGGACGCACUGGCAACGGCUGGUGGCACAAGAGAUGAAUCAAACACAGAAAAUGGCGAAUUGGCAAAGGAAUUGGCAAAGGAAGCUGACAAUCUGGAUUGGGCUGCUCCCAAGGAUGACGAUGAAGAGAUGGAAUCAGAAGGCGACAAGAAGGCAGCAUCAACCUCAAGAGUUGUCGUUCUCGAUUCAGCUGACCCAAAGGACAAGUCCGCAACGGCUGAGGGCAUUGACGAUGAAGAAGAUGCAGCCGUCAAACCACCAACAGCCGGGAUGCUAUUUCUUUUUGAUGAAAAGUCCAAAAAGGACGCUGGGUCUGAAGAGUCGGCCAAGAAUGAUGGCGAAGAAGACGGUGAGAAGGCAGCCACCUCUGCUGAUGAUGACAAGGCCUCAGAUGAAGACAACGGCAAGCAGGCAGUGGAAGAUGCACAUGCUGAAGAGUCGGCCAAGGGCAAAGAUGCCGACCACGACGAAGAGAUGAAAGACGCAGCUGAUGUAGAAGCUCGAAGUGCAUCGGCGAAGGACAAGUGCGAUGAGGAACUGGCCAAGCACCAAAUUGAAGAGAUGAAAGACACAGUCGCUGACCCAAAGGACGCGGAAGAGCAGAAUGAGUCCGAAAAGGACACUCUGGCCACAGUUGAGGGCGCUGACCCAAAGGACGCCGAACCAAAGGACGCGGAAGAGGAAACGGCUGAGGGCACCGCCGACGAUGAUGAAGAAGAUGCAGCUGCGUCAGGAUCCAAAGAAAAGGAAAAUGCAGAUGAUACCAGCAAUGCAGGCAAUGAUGAAGGUCAGGACGACGACGACGCAGAUACUGGCAAGACAAAUGUGCCGGCGGACGGGAAGGACGCAAAUGAGCAGGCGUCAGAUAAUGACGAAGAAUCAGCUGCAGUCGACAAACCACCGGUGGCAGCGGCGAAGGAGUCAGAUGAAGCUCUGACAACGGCAAAGGAGUCAGUUGUCGCUGAUCCAAAGGAUGUGGAAGAGCUGACCGAGUCCGCAACGGCUGAUCCAAAGGAUGGCGAGCCGUUGGAGGAGUCCUUGGAGGAUCGUGUGGAGCCCUUGGAGGAGGAUAAGGAGGUUGCAAAUGAUAACAACAAGACCGAUGACGAAACUCUGGAGUACGACAAGACAUCAUCAAUUCCAGAAGAGGACGGGAAGAAGGCAGCAGUGGACAACGAGGGCGUGAGCGAAAAGCCAACUGCCGACGACAAAGACAAAGGUCAGGAGACAUCGAACGACACUAACGCAUCGGCUGCAAAACCAACUGCAGAGCGCGGAUACCUUGGACCAGCUGGAAAAAAUCCUCGGAAAAGUCAACGUAAAGAGGUCCCACUGUUAGAACAACCUCGACCGCUCGUGCCUUUGUUGGGUCUCAAGAACACCUCGUUUGAUCCAUCCGUCGUCAACAACAUCAAAAGCAAGAGUAUCACCACCUCUGGAGUUGCUGGUGGACUAGCAGGCACAGGGUUUGCCUCAGCAUCGGGUUUUGAUCCGAAACAGUCAGUCGAGUCACCACAGCGAAAGCGAAAGCAAUUUGCAGUCACUGGCCAAGCACGUAAUCUUGAUUACACAACCUGCAAAAAGCCUUCUCCAACCCGAAAAAAAGCAUGGAAACAACUGUCGCAUCCAGCUACUACCACCACCACAACAACAGAGGACGGCGCGACGCCUCCAGAGAAGGACUCAGAAGUGGCACUCACGUCGGACAGCUCUGACAAGUCUCAAGUGUAUGGUGGAAUCGCUCAUCGUGCCGACGACAAUGUGGAAGAUGGCACCGGUGACAAGGAAGAUGUUGGAGACAAGGAUGACGGCACUAUGCCUUCAGAGAAGGACUCACAAGCAGCACUACGAACAUUGGACAGCUCUGACAAGUCUCAAGUGCAUGCUUCUUCCAGCCAGUCCAAGGAUGACAAUGCAAAUGCCGCAGCCAUAGGAUCCAAGGAUGAUGAAGAUGACGCAACUCCUGCUCUGACAGCUGCCGAGUCUUCCGGAUCCACCAACAGUGGCGACGACAACGCUGGUGCCUCUGGCUCGAACGAAAGUGACGACCUUGUGAAAAAUCCUCUUGUUGGUGGCAGCAAAGACAACCAAGCCUCUGGUUCGAACGACAGUGACAACCUUCCUCUUGGCGGCGGCGACGACGAUGGUGCCUCUGGUUCGAACGACAGUGAUGACCUUGUCAAUCCUCUUGGUGGUGACAGCGAAGAGGAAGCUGGUGCCUCUGGUUCGAACGACAGUGACGACCAUGUCACUCCUGGAUCCAAUGACAGUGACGACCUUGUCACUCCUCUGGGUGAUGUUCCUGCUAGAGCUGCUAGAGACGACACCGGCGCUGAAGCUUCCUCGGAAGACACGGAAGACACCAGUCGAGCCGAUUCGAGUGCAAGUGCAAGUGCCUUAGACAGCAGCCAUGUUCCUGCUAGAGACGACACCGGCGCUGAAGCUACCACGGAAGAUACCAGUCAGCCGAUUCGAGUGCAAGGCCUUAGACAGCAGCAUGUUCCUGCUAGAGACGACACCGGCGCUGAAGCUACCACGGAAGAUACCAGUCGAGCCGAUUCGAGUGCAAGUGCAAGUGCCUUAGACAGCAGCCAUGUUCCUGCUAGAGACGACACCGGCGCUGAAGCUACCACGGAAGAUACCAGUCGAGCCGAUUCGAGUGCAAGUGCAAGUGCCUUAGACAGCAGCCAUGUUCCUGCUAGAGACGACACCGGCGCUGAAGCUACCACGGAAGACACCAGUCGAGCCGAAUCGAGCGCACGUGCCUGGGCCAGUGAAGAUGAGCCAUUGUUGACAGAAUCCGAGCAAGACCAAGCAUGGGCAGAUAUGGAAAGCAAGCAGGACCGAAACCGGGAGCUGGAGCGAAUUGGAAUGGGUGGAGAUCCUAGUCCAUGCUCAGAGCAACGAAAGCAAACGCUAUUGGAACUCUACGAAAAUAUGCACAGUAAAAAAUGGAAAGAUGUUCCCCUCCCAGGGUUUUGUUAUUGCUAUUUUACAAGUCCGAAAUUGGUUUGGAUGGUAAUGCCGGGAUCACUUGCUCAGGUCAAGUGGAAUGCUCGAACGUCCACGUGGAAAGUUCGCUUCCAUGGUGAAGAUGGCAACAUUGCUGAACACUCGGUGAGCGAUAGGAUGAUGGACCAAUUUUUGACUGACAGAGGCUACCGCAUGCUGAAUGAGAGCGAAGUCAAGAAGCCAGGUGGUUGGAAGAACAUUCCACCAAAGUACCAGCAACUGUAUGUGGAGACUUUGACUUACACUGAGUCAAGACCAAGAGCUGAUGGAGGCGUGGAGAUGAAAGACCCGGUGGCCAAUGUAUGUGUGUCCUAUGAUGCCCAAGAUGACUUUUGCUUCAAUGCACGGUGGAAAGAAGCUGGCGAAGCAGGCAAGAUGUUCGCCAAAGAGCAAAAGAAAGAACUCAACAGUCGUCGCGAUGCCAAGGAUACUGUCUUUCGCCGGAUGCGGAUCGGAUGUGCUGGGCCUUCAGAAGAUUCGAAGUUUGACUAUUUCGAGGGACCGACUGGUGACAAAGUGGAGCUCACAUUCAAACAGGCACCAGGGACACUGACAUGCAUAUCUUCGGCCAUGUCUUCCGCAGCGAAAUUCAUGGGAUACAAGGUAAAAGCACAUGAACUCAACAACCGGCUAAACGAGGAGCUCCGCAAAUCGAAGCAGGCAUAUGGUGAUCAAUAUGUGGCAUCUUUGAAUGAAUAUGUCAACAAAUGUGAGGGUAUCAUCUGUCAAACACUGGUGCGCAAGCCAGUUGAUGCUUUGAAGUCCUUCAAUCCACUGACUUAUGAUGGUGAUGAUCCUGUCUUAGUCAAACUCAGUGAGCAUGUUGUUGUAUUCUGCAAAGGCCUUUUGUUUGAACCUUCCUUGCCCUAUGCUCUUGCAGCAUCACAGAAGAACCUUGAUUGGCUUUGCAAUGAUCACUUCAAGGGCUUUGUAUGGGCAACAAAGUACACGGCAACUACCAAGAGGAAGCAGAAGCAGAAUGCCAGGGGAAGGCAGAAGAAGAAGAAGCAGAAGAAGAACUACUAA